AUGACAACGCUAAGAUCGAAUUGGCCUUCAAGGUUGCGGCAACUUCUGUCCAGUGAAGGUGCCAUUGGUCCUUCAAUCAAGCUGGAUUCUGAGCCUCCUCCUAAAGUCAAAGCCUUUAUUGAAAAGGUCAUCCAGUGUCCGUUACAAGAUAUUGCUAUACCACUAUCUGGCUUUCGGUGGGAGUAUGACAAGGGGAAUUUUCAUCACUGGAGACCAUUGCUACUUCAUUUUAAUACCUACUUCAAGACUUAUUUGUUGUGUAGAAACGAUCUUACUUUGUUAGAUAAUCUAGAAGAUGACAGUCCAUUACCUAAACACGCUGUUCUGCAAAUAUUACGGGUGAUGCAAACAAUUUUGGAGAACUGUCCAAACAGGAGCACCUUUGAUGGCAUAGAGCAUUUCAAACUUUUGCUAGCAUCUACCGAUCCUGAGAUUCUUAUUGCGGCAUUAGAAACUCUUUCUGCACUUGUAAAAAUUAAUCCCUCUAAGCUUCAUGGAAAUGCAAAGAUGGUUGGCUGUGGUUCAGUGAACAGCUCUCUCUUAUCCCUAGCACAGGGAUGGGGAAGCAAGGAGGAGGGCCUAGGAUUGUACUCUUGUGUAAUGGCUAAUGAGAAAGCUCAAAAUGAGGCACUAAGCUUGUUUCCUUCUGAUGUAGAAAUUGGCUGUGAUCAAUCUAAUUAUCGCAUAGGUACUACUCUUUAUUUUGAAUUGCAUGGACCUAGUGCUCAAAGUGAAGAACUCAGUGCAGAUACAAUUCCCCGUGGCUUGAGAGUCAUACAUAUGCCAGAUUUGCAUCUCCGCAAAGAAGAUGAUUUGUCAUUGUUAAAGCAAUGCAUUGAACAAUAUAACGUUCCUUCCGAGCUCAGAUUUUCGUUGCUCUCUAGAAUUAGAUAUGCUCACGCCUUUCGGUCUCCUAGAAUAUGCAGACUUUACAGCAGGAUAUGCCUACUUUCUUUCAUUGUGCUUGUCCAAUCUGGCGAUGCUCAUGAAGAACUCGUGUCCUUUUUUGCUAAUGAACCGGAAUAUACAAAUGAAUUAAUUAGAGUUGUGCGAUCUGAAGAAACUAUAUCUGGAUCUAUCAGAACACUUGCAAUGCUUGCAUUAGGAGCCCAGUUGGCAGCGUAUACUUCAUCGCAUGAACGGGCACGGAUACUUAGUGGAUCUAGUUCAAGUUUUGCUGGUGGGAACCGUAUGAUACUCCUGAAUGUGCUCCAGAGGGCUAUUUUGUCAUUAAAAAAUUCUAGUGAUCCAUCUACUCUUGCCUUUGUUGAGGCACUUCUUCAGUUCUAUCUGCUUCAUGUUGUUUCAACGUCAACUUCUGGGAGUAGUAUCAGAGGUUCUGGCAUGGUACCUACAUUCUUGCCGCUUCUUGAAGAUGCUGAUCCUGCACAUGUUCAUUUAGUCUGUUUUGCUGUAAAAACCCUUCAGAAGCUGAUGGAUUAUAGUAGCUCAGCUGUAUCUUUGUUUAAAGAGUUGGGAGGCAUUGAACUUUUGGCUCAGAGAUUAUGGAAAGAAGUACAAAGGGUCAUUGAAUUAGUUGGAGAAAAUGAUAACAUGUCUCUCACUGUCGAAAGCUCAAGGUAUAGUACUGAUCAGCUGUACUCCCAGAAGAGGCUCAUAAAGGUCUCCCUCAAGGCACUUGGUUCUGCAACAUAUGCGCCUGCAAAUGCCGCAAGAUCUCAAUAUUCUAAUGACAAUUCACUGCCUGCUACUCUAAGCUUAAUAUUUCAAAAUGUAGAUAAGUUUGGAGGCGAUGUUUAUUACUCAGCUGUUACUGUUAUGAGUGAAAUAAUCCAUAAAGAUCCUACAUGUUUUUCUAUUCUGCACGAUAUGGGUCUUCCUGAUGCUUUUUUGUCGUCAGUUGGAUCUGAUCUACUUCCUUCAUCAAAGGCUUUGACAUGCAUUCCAAAUGGUCUUGGGGCCAUUUGUCUCAAUGCCAAAGGGUUAGAGGCUGUUAGAGAAUCUUCAUCACUGCGGUUCCUUGUUGAUAUUUUCACUAGCAAAAAGUAUGUCUUAGCCAUGAAUGAGGCUAUUGUUCCGUUGGCAAAUGCUGUGGAGGAACUUCUACGCCACGUGUCUUCAUUGAGAAGUACCGGUGUUGAUAUUAUCAUUGAAAUCAUCCAUAAGAUUGCAUCUUUUGGUGAUGAAAAUGGUACAGGAACUUCUGGAAAAGCUAAUGAGGGUACUGCAAUGGAAACAGAUUCUGAAGUCAAAGAGAAUGAAGGUCAUGGUUGCCUUGUAGGCAAAUCAUGUUCAGCUGCUGAAGGCAUAAGUGAUGAACAGUUUAUUCAGCUAUGUGUCUUUCAUUUGAUGGUAUUGAUUCAUAGGACUAUGGAAAAUUCUGAAACAUGCCGACUAUUUGUGGAAAAAUCAGGAAUUGAAGCUUUGUUGAAGUUGUUAUUACGAUCCACUAUUGCUCAAUCGUCAGAUGGCAUGUCCAUUGCUUUACACAGCACCAUGGUGUUUAAGGGGUUUGCUCAACAUCACUCCACUCCUCUUGCAAAAGCCUUCUGUUCCUCUCUCAGAGAACACUUGAAGAAAACAUUAACUGGGUUUAGUGAAGCUUCAGAACCUUUGUUGCUGGAUCCUAGGAUGACAAAUGAUGGUGGCAUGUUUUCCUCACUCUUCCUUGUUGAGUUCCUACUCUUUCUUGCUGCAGCGAAAGACAACCGUUGGGUGAGUGCGUUGCUUACCGAAUUUGGAAAUGGCAGUAAGGAUGUUCUUGAAGAUAUUGGACGUGUCCACCGGGAAGUUCUAUGGCAAAUUGCUCUACUUGAAAAUAAGAAGCAAGGGAUUGAGGAAGAUGGUUCUUGUUCUUCUGAUUCACAACAUGCUGAACGGGAUGCAGGUGAAUCCGAGGAGCAAAGGAUCAAUUCUUUCAGGCAGUUACUUGAUCCUUUAUUGAGGAGGAGGACAUCGGGAUGGAGCAUUGAAUCUCAGUUUUUUGACCUUAUAAACCUAUAUCGAGAUUUGGGCCGUUCCACUGGUUCUCAACAUCGAUCUAUUUCUGCUGGGCCAAAUAUGCGGUCAAGUUCCAGUAAUCAGUUGCAUCAUUCUGGAUCGGAUGAUAAUGCUGAGUUUGCUAAUAAGGAAUCUGACAAGCAUAUGUCGUAUUAUACCUCUUGUUGUGACAUGGUCAGAUCACUUUCAUUUCACAUUACCCAUUUGUUCCAAGAGUUAGGAAAAGUAAUGUUGCUACCAUCACGUCGACGUGAUGAUAUUGUGAAUGUAAGUCCUGCCUCAAAAUCAGUGGCUUCUACUUUGGCAUCAAUUGCUCUAGAUCACAUGAAUUAUGGGGGCCAUGUAAAUCUUUCGGGAACAGAAGAAUCAAUAUCAACAAAGUGUCGGUAUUUUGGGAAAGUGAUUGAUUUCGUAGAUAGUAUGCUAAUGGAGAGGCCAGAUUCAUGCAAUCCUGUUCUCUUGAAUUGCUUGUAUGGAAGUGGAGUUAUUCAAUCUGUGUUGACCACCUUUGAAGCUACUAGUCAGCUGCUCUUUGCAGUUAAUCGCGUCCCUGCCUCGCCUAUGGAUACUGAUGAUGCAAAUGCAAAGCAAGACGACAAGGAGGAUACUAAUAACUCAUGGAUUUAUGGCUCUUUAGCUAGUUAUGGGAAAUUGAUGGACCAUCUAGUAACAUCAUCUUUUAUAUUAUCAUCAUUCACUAAGCAUUUGCUUGCACAACCCCUUUCAAAUAGUGACACACCUUUCCCAAGGGACCCUGAGACUUUUAUGAAAGUCCUCCAAUCCACAGUGUUGAAGACCGUGCUUCCUGUUUGGACUCAUCCCCAGUUUGGUGACUGCAGUUACGAAUUUAUUUCUGCAGUUAUCUCUAUCAUUAGGCAUGUUUAUUCAGGGGUUGAAGUAAAAAAUGUAAAUGGCAGUGGUGGUUCUCGUAUUACUGGACCGCCUCCUAAUGAAACAACUAUUUCUACCAUUGUAGAGAUGGGUUUUUCGCGGUCUAGAGCAGAGGAAGCUUUGAGACACGUUGGGUCAAAUAGUGUAGAGUUGGCAAUGGAGUGGUUGUUCUCACAUCCAGAGGAAGUACCAGAAGAUGAUGAACUUGCCCGGGCACUUGCAAUGUCCCUUGGAAGCUCUGAAUCAGACACCAAAGAUGCAGUUCCAAAUUCAAAUGCAAAUACAUCUGCUCAGCAGCUUGAAGAAGAGAUAGUCCAAUUUCCUUCUGUUGAUGAAUUGUUAUCUACCUGCACAAAACUUCUGAUGAAAGAACCUCUUGCUUUUCCUGUCCGCGACUUGCUUGUGAUGAUAUGCUCCCAGGAUGAUGAUCCCGUGGCACGAGAAGCUGCUUCCAAAAGUGGAUUGAUCAGAAUUGCCUCCGAUCUACUCAACCAGUGGGAUUCUAGUCUUGAUAGCAAGGAGAAACAGCAGGUGCCAAAAUGGGUCACAGCUGCUUUUCUUGCCUUAGACAGGUUGUUGCAGGUGGAUCAAAUCUUAAAUUCUGAAAUCACAGAGCAGCUGAAGAAGGAAGUUGUGAAUAGCCAGAAAGCAUCAAUUACUAUUGAUGAAGAUAGGCAAAGCAAGUUACAGUCUGCAUUGGGACUCUCUAUGAAGUAUGCAGAUAUACAUGAGCAGAAGAGACUUGUUGAGAUUGCGUGUAGUUGUAUGAAGAAUCAACUUCCCUCCGACACAAUGCACGCUGUUCUGCUGCUAUGUUCCAAUCUUACAAGGAAUCAUUCUGUUGCCCUUGCUUUUUUGGAUGCUGGUGGUUUAAGUCUACUUCUUUCUCUGCCAACAAGUAGCCUCUUCUCUGGGUUUGACAAUGUUGCUGCUAGUAUUGUCCGUCAUAUUCUUGAAGAUCCACAAACACUUCGGCAAGCAAUGGAAUCCGAGAUAAAACAAAAUCUUUUAGCUGUGUCCAACCGACAUCCAAAUGGAAGGGUCAAUCCUCGCAAUUUUCUUUUAAAUUUGGCUUCUGUGAUUGCUCGGGAUCCAGCAGUUUUUAUGCAAGCUGCACAAUCUGUGUGCCAAGUUGAAAUGGUAGGUGAGAGACCUUACAUUGUCUUGCUUAAAGACAAAGUGAAAGAGAAAGAAAAGGAGAAGUGUAAACCAUUGGAGAAAGAAAAAGUACAGAAUAGUGAUGGUAAGGUUGGUGUUGGGCAUACGAACACAGAAGCUUCUGGAAAUGGCCAUGGCAAAACUCACGAUUCAAAUACCAAGAGUGUCAAAGGUCAUAGAAAACCUAGUCAAAGUUUUAUUGAUGUAAUAGAACUGCUGCUUGAAUCUAUAUGCACUUUUAUUCCUCCCUUGAAGGACGACAAUGCCUCAAACGUACUUCCUGGUCCCACAACAUCAAGUGACAUGGACAUUGAUGUCUCUAUAAAUAAGGGAAAAGGAAAAGCAGUUGCAACCUCGUCUGACGGUAACGAAACCAGUAGUCAAGAGGCUUCUGCAUCACUUGCAAAGACUGUCUUUAUUUUGAAGCUUUUGACGGAGAUAUUAUUGAUGUAUUCAUCAUCAGUUCACGUUCUACUUCGACGAGAUGCUGAGUUGAGCAGCAGUAGGGUCACUUAUCAGAAGAGUCCUGUUGGUUUGAGCAUGGGUGGAAUAUUCUACCACAUUCUUCAUAAUUUUCUUCCACAUUCUCGAAACUCCAAAAGGGACAAGAAAGUUGACGGUGAUUGGAGGCAUAAACUAGCAACCAGGGCUAACCAGUUUAUGGUGGCUGCUUGUGUCCGUUCCACAGAGGCAAGGAAAAGGAUUUUUAGCGAAAUUAGUUCUAUCAUCAAUGAAUUUGUUGAUUCAAGUCAUGGCGUUAAGCCUCCGGGCAAUGAUAUUCUGGUUUUUGUUGAUCUGAUUAAUGAUGUUUUGGCUGCUCGCACACCUGCUGGUGCAUGCAUCUCAGCUGAGGCCUCUGCCACAUUUAUUGAUGCUGGUUUGGUUAAAUCAUUUACUCGUACUCUCCAAAUUUUGGACUUGGAUCAUGCUGAUUCAUCUAAAGUUGCAACUGGUAUUAUUAAAGCUCUUGAGUUGGUUAGCAAGGAGCAUGUCCAUUCAGCUGAUUCCAAUGCAGGGAAAGCAAAACCUUCUGAUCUACAACAAUCCGGAAGAAUAGAUAAUAUUAGUGAUAUGUCUCAAUCCAUGGAUAUGUCUUCUCAAGCCAAUCACGGUUCUCGUCAAGCUGACCAAGUGGGGCCUUACACAGGUCAGACCUAUGGUGGGUCUGAAGCUGUUACAGAUGAUAUGGAACAUGAUCAAGAUCUUAAUGGGAACUUUCCUCCUGCCAAUGAGGAUGAUUACAUGCAUGAAAAUUCUGAGGAUGCAAGAGAUGUUGAAAAUGGAAUGGAAAGUGUGGGUUUACAUUUGGAAAUCCAACCUCACGGCCAAGAAAAUCUUGAUGAAGAUGAUGAUGAGGAUGAUGAUAUGUCUGGAGAUGAAGGUGAAGAUGUAGAUGAAGAUGAGGAGGAGGAUGAGGAACAUAAUGAUUUGGAGCAUGAAGUCCAUCACUUGCCACAUCCUGACACAGAUCAAGAUGACCAUGAGAUUGAUGAUGAUGAUUUUGAUGAUGAAGUGAUGGAAGAAGAUGACGAGGAAGAUGAGGAGGAUGAGGAUGGUGUUAUACUCCGGCUUGAGGAGGGCAUUAAUGGAAUUAAUGUUCUUGACCAUAUUGAGGUUCUUGGCAGAGAUAAUACUUUUCCAAAUGAAGCUUUUCGUGUAAUGCCGGUCGAAGUUUUCGGAUCCAGACGUCCAGGGCGGACAACAUCUAUUUAUAGUCUUUUGGGAAGAACUGGUGCUACUGCUAUGCCUUCCCGUCAUCCACUCUUGGUUGAUCCUUCUUCCUCAUUCCCCCCCUCUAUAGGACAAUCAGAUAGUUUUCUCGAGAACAAUCCAUCAGGUUUGGAUAAUAUAUUUCGUUCACUGAGAAGUGGACGCCAUGGAAAUCGUUUGAACUUGUGGACUGAUAAUAACCAGCAGAGUGGUGGAUCAAACACUAGUGUUGUACCACAAGGUCUUGAGGAGUUGCUUGUCUCUCAAUUAAGGCAACAUGCCCCUGAAAAUUCGCCUAAUCAAGAUGUAGCAGAAGCAGGUUCUCAUGGUAAUGUUGAAAUCAGCCAGGCACAAGAUUCAGGUGGUGCAAGGCCAGAAAUACCUGUGGAAAAUAAUUCUAUUCAAGGAGUUAGUACAACGACUACUUCAAUAAUUGAUAACAGCAAUGAGGCUGAUAUUAGACCUGCGGGGACGAGGGAGCCAACAAAUGUAUCAAAUGCUCACUCACUGGCUGUUGAGAUACAAUUCGAGCAUAAUGAUGGUGCUGGGAGGGAUGUUGAAGCUGUGAGCCAAGAGAGUAGCGGUAGUGGAGCAACUUUUGGGGAAAGCCUUCGGAGCCUAGACGUUGAGAUUGGAAGUGCUGAUGGCCAUGAUGAUGGCGGCGAAAGGCCGAUUUCUGCAGACAGAAUAGCUGGUGAUUCACAGGCUGCACGCACAAGAAGAGCAAAUAUGCCUCUGGGUCACUUUCCCCCUGUUGUUGGAAGAGAUACACCUCUUCACAGCGUUGCCGAAGUAUCUGAGAAUUCAAGUCGUGAUGCAGAUCAAGCAAGUCCAGCAGCAGAGCAGCAAGUGAAUAGUGAUGCUGGAUCUGGAGCAAUUGAUCCGGCUUUUCUAGAUGCUCUUCCUGAGGAACUGCGUGCUGAAGUCCUCUCAGCUCAGCAAGGUCAAGUGGCUCAGCCACCAAAUGUCGAGUCUCAGAAUUCUGGGGAUAUUGAUCCAGAGUUCCUUGCUGCCCUCCCUCCAGAUAUUCGAGCAGAAGUUCUAGCUCAACAGCAAGCUCAGAGGUCAAAUCAGUCUCAGGAGUUGGAAGGUCAACCUGUUGAAAUGGAUACAGUCUCAAUAAUUGCAACAUUUCCUUCAGAUUUACGAGAAGAGGUUCUGUUAACUUCAUCUGAUAAUAUCCUUGCCAAUCUUACACCUGCUCUUGUUGCUGAGGCAAAUAUGUUGCGGGAGAGGUAUGCACACCGUUACAGUCGUACCCUCUUUGGUAUGUAUCCAAGAAGUCGUAGAGGUGAGACUUCAAGACGUGGUGAUGGCACUGGUUCUGGCUUAGGUGCAGUAGGGGAACCAAUUUCUUCACGCCGGUCCAGUGGAGCUAAGGUUGUUGAAGCUGAUGGAGCUCCACUAGUUGACACGGAAGCCUUGCAUGGCAUGGUUCGGUUAUUUCGCAUGGUGCAGCCACUCUAUAAAGGCCAACUGCAGAGGCUUCUUUUAAAUCUUUGUGCUCAUAGUGAAACAAGAAUAUCUUUGGUGAAAAUUCUGAUGGACUUGCUAAUGCUUGAUGUGAUAAAGCCUGUCAGUUCUUUUGGUGCCGUUGAACCACUGUAUAGAUUAUAUGGCUGUCAGAGCAAUGUAAUGUAUUCACGUCCUCAGUCUUUUGAUGGGGUACCCCCACUGCUGUCUCGACGUGUAUUGGAAACCCUCACUUAUCUUGCUCGUAAUCAUCUAUAUGUGGCAAAUAAUUUGCUUCAGUCUAGGCUUCCUUAUCCUGAGAUUAAAGAACAAAGUAAUGCUAGUGAUGCACGUGGCAAAGCUGUGAUGGUUGUUGAAGAUGAAGUCAAUAUAGGUGAAAGUAAUGAAGGUUACGUCUCUAUUGCAGUGCUUUUGGGUCUUUUGAACCAACCACUUUAUUUGAGGAGCAUAGCCCAUCUUGAGCAGCUGCUAAAUUUACUGGAUGUAAUAAUUAAUAGUGCUGGAAGCAAGUCCACUCCAUCUGAUAAACCAUCGAUUUCGACUUCACAGUCACCGCCGGGUCCUCAAAUUUCUGCUGUCGAGGCCGAAACAAAUACAGGUUCUGAUACUUUGACUUCUAUGGCUGAUGCACCUACUACAGUUAAUGAUUCAUCCAAACCCACACCGGUUGAUAAUAAUAUGGAAUCUGAGUCUCAGAGAGUAUUGAGUAAUUUGCCACAAUCUGAACUCCGGCUCCUGUGCUCGCUGCUUGCACAUGAAGGUUUGUCAGAAAAUGCAUAUACUCUUGUUGCGGAGGUAGUGCAGAAAUUGGUGGCCAUUGCUCCAACUCAUUGUCAGCUUUUUGUCACUGAGCUGGCUGAAGCAGUUCAAAAUUUAACAUCUUCUGCAAUGGCCGAGUUACAUGUAUUCGGUGAAGCUAUGAAAGCUCUUCUUAGUACCACAUCUACAGAUGGAGCUGCAAUUUUGAGAGUUUUGCAAGCCCUGAGUUCCCUUGUCACAUCACUAACUGCUGAGGAUCACGGUGAUAGAGUUACUCCUGCUGCUCUUUCAGAGGUUUGGCAAAUCAAUUCAGCAUUAGAACCAUUGUGGCACGAGCUGAGCUGUUGCAUAAGCAAAAUAGAGUCCUACUCUGAAUCUACAUCUGAGCUCUUCACCCCAUCUACAUCAUCUGCUUCUCAACCCACUGGUGCCACGCCUCCACUUCCAGCUGGCUCUCAAAAUAUCUUGCCAUACAUAGAAUCUUUCUUUGUGGUUUGUGAGAAAUUGCACCCCACACAGCUAGGUGUUAAUCAUGACUCAAGUAUUCCUGUUAUUUCUGAUGUUGAGAAUGCAAGUACAUCUGCAUCUCAGCAGAAAGUAUCCGGACUUGGUAUAAAAGUAGAUGAGAAGAAUAUGGCUUUUGUUAGGUUCUCAGAGAAGCAUAGAAAGCUUCUAAAUGCUUUUAUAAGGCAAAAUCCUGGUUUGCUUGAGAAAUCUUUCUCCCUCAUGCUGAAGGUUCCAAGAUUUAUUGAUUUUGAUAACAAACGGGCCCACUUCCGAUCAAAAAUUAAGCAUCAGCAUGACCAUCACCAUAGCCCCUUAAGAAUAUCCGUAAGAAGGGCAUAUGUUCUAGAAGAUUCUUAUAACCAGCUUCGCAUGAGACCAACUCAAGAUUUGAAGGGAAGGCUGACUGUUCACUUUCAAGGAGAGGAAGUCGGCAAUGAGUCAACAUUCCAACCAAAUCCUAACUCUGUUUAUCAAACAGAACAUUUAUCUUAUUUCAAGUUUGUUGGUAGAGUGGUUAGUAAAGCACUAUUUGACGGUCAACUUUUGGAUGUCCAUUUUACUCGCUCGUUCUACAAGCACAUACUUGGGGUCAAAGUUACAUACCAUGAUAUUGAAGCCAUUGAUCCUGACUAUUUCAAAAAUUUGAAAUGGAUGCUUGAGAAUGAUAUCAGCGAUAUUUUGGAUCUUACUUUUAGCAUUGACGCAGAUGAGGAAAAACUAAUCUUAUAUGAACGGACAGAAGUGACUGAUUAUGAGUUGAUUCCUGGUGGACGGAAUAUCAAAGUUACUGAAGAGAACAAGCAUCAGUAUGUUGAUUUGGUUGCUGAGCAUCGGUUGACAACUGCUAUUCGACCUCAAAUAAAUGCUUUCUUGGAAGGGUUCAGUGAAUUAAUUCCAAGAGAGUUGAUAUCCAUAUUCAAUGACAAAGAGCUGGAGUUAUUGAUCAGUGGGCUUCCUGAUAUUGAUUUGGAUGACUUGAGAGCAAAUACAGAAUAUUCUGGAUAUAGUGCUGCAUCGCCAGCUAUUCAAUGGUUUUGGGAGGUUGUCCAAGAUUUAAGCAAAGAAGACAAGGCCCGGCUUUUGCAAUUUGUGACUGGCACAUCCAAGGUGCCUUUAGAAGGUUUUAGUGCUCUACAAGGAAUUUCAGGUUCCCAGAAGUUUCAGAUACAUAAAGCAUACGGAAGUCCUGAUCACUUGCCUUCUGCUCAUACUUGUUUCAAUCAAUUGGAUUUGCCGGAGUAUCCAUCUAAACAACAUUUGGAAGAGAGGUUACUGCUAGCUAUUCAUGAAGCAAGUGAGGGAUUUGGAUUUGGUUAA